AUUUACAUAACCAAAGUUGAACAACUAGACUGUUUCCUAUAAGCUACAUGGUGUUUAAACCACACAUCUCUUUCAUUACUAACUUUAAUCUGGCUAUCAUCACUAUUCAUAUUCACUCGCUAUACUUUAUCUUAAUGGAGAUGGAAUAACUCUUUUAAAACUGUAACAGUGCUAAUGGUAUCACCUCUUUCCAUCAUUUUGUCUAAUAAAAAUUCUCAACUAAUCCUGAACUCUGGGUGGUAUUUCACCAGCCAUAACACGUUAUCACACUUUAAUUUCAUGUUAUGGUUUUAAAUUGUUGGAAUUACAUUAGUUUCCACCUGGAUCUUUUGUUAUUGCACCAAAUAAUAAAAAUCUCGGGUUAAAAUAUAAAAAUUGGAGAUUGUAAGUUUUCUUUUAUAAAAUAGUAGAAAACUAAGUAAAGAUGUUAACACACAAAUUACUUUUUUUACGUGUUGUGCUGAUAACAACGUGUUCCAACAAUUGCAGACCUAACCACAUACUCAGUCACUUCUAACACACUAAUGCUUGUUAACUGUCUUGCUCUGUCUCUGUCACACCAUCAGAGUGUCCAGUGAUGCUCCCCAUCGAUCCCUGCAUGCCCUCCCCAUGUGGCCCCAACUCACAGUGCCGAGUGAUCUCCAACCAGCCCGCAUGUUCCUGCCUGCCCAACUACUCGGGCCGCCCGCCAAACUGUCGCCCCGAGUGCACCAUUAGUGCUGAGUGUCCCGGGAAUCUCGCUUGUCAGCAGGAGCGCUGCACUAACCCCUGUCCCGGCUCCUGUGGUCCCGGAGCCACUUGUAGGCCGGUCAACCAUAAACCGGUCUGUGCCUGUUCGGCCGGAUUCACUGGAGACCCUUUUGCCGGAUGCGUUCCUCAACGUAAGCAAAGCUCUUGGUUUUUAUUUCGCAACAUACAAAUGGAUUUAUUUAUAUUUUAUGUCUUCAUUAACUUGCAGAUGAAGAUUUUAUUUUUAUUGUUUUCAGGUUAGCCAACUAAAAUUAUUAUUUUACUGUAUUACUUCACUUAAUUCAAUGGAUUUUCUUAGUGUAUUAUAAAGGGUUUGUGCUUUCAGCAAUGUUAUGAAUCCUUGAGUUGUUACUUUAUUAUUUCACAUGAAUUUAUUGUUGUAUUUAUUUUGACAGAUCAUUUGUUGAUGGCUUACGUGCUACUGAAGCUGUUCACUGGGUUGUUCUCAAAAUUUUUCUUUUCCG